UGAGUCGGGCCAGUUUAGAUGCUAAGAUCAGCUAGCGUCUGGUGCUAAUCAAAUCGCUUGCAACUCAAUUGAAAUGGAUGCCGUGGCCAAAGCAGACCGCGUCCCCAGACCCCAGCUCAGUCAAUUGUCUUUGGCCAGUCGAGCUUUAUAGUUGGACACAUCACACACACACACACUCUGGGACUUAGCAUCGAGUCUGUCGGCGUAACGCUUCCAUGGAAUUUGCAUCAGCCACAUUUGGCAUACAAAAACUAAUAGAAAUAACAAAAGUAAAAAUAAACCUAACCGUAUCUAACGAAUCUGUCAACCCUGAACCGCAUUUGCAUCGAUCCGAUCACUUUCUGGCACUGUCACGACUAUAAAAUGAGCCCCAGUUCCCCGAAAGUCAUCAAGCAACUGAGCGCAGCGGAACGUGAAGAGUUUUUCGAUUCCUUUGAUGUCGUUUUCUGCGAUUGCGAUGGUGUUGUCUGGUACACGCUGCGCGACUUUAUACCCGGCUCGGCACAGGCCAUUGGGGAGCUGCAGCGUCGUGGCAAACAGCUCACCUUUGUGACCAAUAACAGCAUCAGCUCCGUGGAGGAGCAUAUGCGAAAGUUCGCCAAGCAAGCGGCAUUGCAUAUUGACCAGCAACAGAUUGUGCAUCCGGCGCAGACCAUUUGCGAUCAUCUCAAGGCCAUUGGCUUUGAGGGGCUCAUCUAUUGCCUGGCGACGCCGCCCUUUAGGCAGCUGCUGUGUGAUGCGGGCUUUCGUCUAACCGAGGAGCGCGAGGGUCUAAUCAUCAAGAGCCUGGGAGAGCUGCACGAGGCCAUCUUUGGCGGGGAGCCCGUGCAGGCUGUCAUUAUCGAUGUGGACUUUAAUCUGACGGCGACCAAGCUGAUGCACGCUCAGUUUCAGCUAAAGAAUCCCAACUGCUUGUUCCUGGCCGGCGCUGCCGAUGCGCUAAUACCCUUCGGUGCCGGCGACAUCAUUGGACCUGGCGCCUUUAUUGACCUUGUCGCCCGGUCCACUGGCCGCCAGCCCACGGUGCUGGGCAAGCCGGGCGAGGCGCUGCGUCAGCUGUUGCGCCAGCACCACGGCCACGUGCCAGCCAACCGAGUGCUCUUCAUCGGCGACAGUCUAGCCAGUGACAUUGGAUUUGCGCGCGCCAGCGGCUAUCAGACGCUGCUGGUCCUCACCGGCGGCAGCAGCAAAGCGGAUGUGGCCAGCCUCUCUCCGGGCCACGCCCAUAUGCCCGACUACAUAAGCGACUGCCUGGGCGAUAUUUGCGGCAAGUGAGAUAAACUAAUGGAAUAAACAAAUACGAAUACUUAUUCUAUAUACUGUAUUGUUUUAAACAUAAACAGCUCAAGUAGAUCCCUUGAAGCCAAUAAAGUGCAUCUAUAUAUAUAUA